AUGGCCGAUCACCUCUCCAGAUUGAAUUUAAAACUAACGUUUCGAGGAGAAACUAUUUAUGUAACCAUAAAAGAAAAUGAAUUGAAUUUUGAUAAAGUUAAAUACCAUUUCAAAAAAGGAUUUGACACUUUUGAUUCGGAAAAGUGCAAAAUUGAAUGGAAAGAUCAGGAUAACGAUUGGGUCACAUGGAAAAGAGAUGAUGAAUAUCUUAAUAAUAUCUUGAAAAACGUGGCGAAAGAUAAUCAAAAUAUCCUUAAAUUUCAAGCAAUUGUUUUUGAUCUUCCGGAAACAAUUAACGUUCAAGAUUCGUUGAGCAUAAAGUCGUUGAUCAAAAGAUACAUUCAUAUGUUAGAUGAAGCACGAGAUGCAGCUGAACAAAUUGUUCAACUUGAUAUUAUACGUCAUAUAAUGAUUAUCACAAAACCUGAGCAAAAGCUAGCUAAUUAUACUCGAGAAGUAACAACCUGGUUAAUUGAAUCUUAUCAUAAAAUUCAUGUCUAUGUUGAUCGUAAUUUUGUGAAUGUAUUCGAGAUGAUCGCUGAUCGCGAAGAAUAUAAACGUCAACUUCAUUUUUGGAACGCAACUGACGUCAAGUUUGAUAAUAUUGAUUUGAUGAUUACUCUUGGAGGUGAUGGAACAAUUUUAUAUUCAUCAUGGAUGUUUCAAAGUGACAUGCCACCUUUAUUAUCAUUUCAUCUUGGUUCUUUGGGUUUCUUGACUGUAUUUGAUUUUAAUAAUCAUCGGCGUGUUUUACGUAAUGUGAUAGAUGGAGGCGGUGUCCAUGUUAAUGUCAGAUCUCGACUUAAGUGUUCUAUUUAUAGGAAUCAUAAAAAGGGUAAUGAAAGUAAUAUUGAUGGAGUCAAUUGUCAAGAAAUUUCAAAGUCACCUGAAAUUUUUCAAGUGCUGAACGAUUUAUGCAUUGACCGUGGUGAUGCUGGGAACAUGUUGGAAAUCCUGCUGGUUGGUUAUCUCAUCAUGCUCAUUUCUAGAACCAAUCAAAUUAUCAAAUGA